CUUCGCAUUAUCUUCAUCAAUCACAGAAAUACUUCAUUUUACUAUCUUUUACUCUCUUCGACUUUCGCACUGUACGAACAGCAAAGAUGUCUUUACUCAAACGUCCUCCUCGGCAACGAAAAGGAGGCCUCACUUUUUCAUCCGCACCUCAGAAGAGGCAGCGCUCAGCAUCGCCCAUUCCGAUACCAACAAAACGCAAUCGCCUUUCACCGAUCGAUUCGACAGAGACCACGAUUCAGACAAGAGUACUCGUCAUCUCAGACACCCACGGAGUCUCCGCCCUCCCGCAAAUCUUGUCACAUGACCUGAAAAUAGAUGUUGUCCUCCACUGCGGCGAUCUCUCAGAAUGUGGGACUUUGGAAGACACAGAAGACGGAAAGAAACUGCAUGAUGAGGCUCGAGAGAUAUGGACUAGUGCCUCAGUAAAGGAAGCCGGGAUCGAACUUUUGGCUGAAGGAAUUCACGAAUUCGCUCUGGACAAUGGUGCAAGGCUCCGGAUAUACGCAAGUCCUUACACGAUCAAUAGCCAGAGGGUUACAGAAUGGGGCUUUGGCUACGGCAGCGGAGAGAAUAGAUUCAACUCGGAAGGAGAAGGAAUCUCGUAUGGCAAGGCUGUGGGAACGGAGGAGAGUGUGCUGAAUGGAGAUAAGGAGGUAGAUGUGAUAAUGACGCAUGGACCGGCUAGGUACAGGCUGGAUCUUUCAUCUGGCUCGGAGAGCCUUGGGUGUCCACACCUAUUCAGAGCGAUGCGGAGAAUUCGGCCGAAGUUACAUGUCUUUGGCCACGUACAUAACGCUUACGGCGCCGAGAUUGUCCGUUGGGAGGACAACAAACACCUACCAGAGGAUGAUCAUGUUGACGAUGGCAUCCAAGCGAAAACGAAGACUGAAGGAUUUGUUGAAGAUGGCGUGAAGAGGAUUGGAAUCAGCGCACGGGCAACCGGAGCCGAGACGGUGUUUGUAAAUGCUGCAUUGAUGGGACGGGAUGGAGUAUUGGAAAAUGUGCCGUGGUUAGUGGAUGUUGGAUUGGAACCUGUAUGA